AUGAAAUUUUACCCCGCCGCGCUUUCUCUCCUACUGGCAUCACCUGCCGCACAUGCCAUCGACAUCGACUGGACAAGUAACGAUGCCAUCAAGGCAGCAAUGAAGCCCAUCGCCAAGGGCAUGACGGACUGGUACCACGGAUACCGGGUGGGCGACGUGCCCGGAAACUUGCCAGAUCCCUACCAUUGGUGGCAGUGCGGCGCCAUGUUCGGCGCCCUCAUCGACUACUGGCACUACACGGGCGACGACCAAUACAACGAGUGGGUGCAGCAGGGCAUGAUCCACCAGAUCGGCGACAACGCCGACUACAUGCCGGCCAACCAGUCGAAAUCGCUCGGAAACGACGACCAGGGCUUCUGGGGCAUGGCGGCCAUGUCGGCCGCCGAGAGCAAGUUCCCGGACCCGCCGGAAGGGCAGCCCGGCUGGCUCGCGCUGGCGCAGGCCGUCUACACGACGCAGUACCUGCGCUGGGACACGUCGACGUGCGGUGGUGGUUUGCGCUGGCAGAUUUACAGCUUCAACGCCGGUUAUACGUAUAAGAAUACGAUUACGCAGGGCUGUUUCUUCAACGUCGCGUCACGCUUGGCCAGGUACACGGGCAACCAGACGUACGCGGAGCAGGCCGAGAAGGCGUGGAACUGGAUCCAGAACCUCGGUUUGGUGAAUGCCGAAUACCACUUCUACGACGGCUCCGACUCGACCAUCAACUGCACCAAAUUCGACCGCACCCAAUGGACCUACAACGCCGGCAUCUUCCUCCACGGCGCCGCCACCAUGUGGAAUGUCACCGCCGAAGCCGACGGCAACGAAGACAACAUCUGGAAAGAGCGCGUAACCGGCAUCAUCGGCGGCCUCUCCGUCUUCUUCGCCUCGGACUCGAAAAUCAUGGUCGAGACGGCCUGCGAAACCGGCAACACGUGCAACAUCGACCAGCGCACCUUCAAGGCCUACCUCGCGCGCUGGAUGGCCGCCGCCAUCAAAGUCGCCCCCUGGUCCGCCGACCUCAUGGCCCCCUACCUCGAAGCCUCGCGCGAGGCCGCCGCCCUCGCCUGCAACGACAAGGGCGACGGCACGGCUGAAUGCUCCCUGCGCUGGACGAUGAGCGGGUUCGAUGGGUCGAGUAGCGUUGGUCUGGGAGAGAAUAUGGCCGCGCUCGAGAUGAUUGGGACGGCGCUGGUGGAUGAGGUUGCCGGCCCGGUCACGAAUUCGACGGGCGGUACGAGUCAGGGUGAUCCGGAUGCCGGGUUGGCCAGUCCGUUUACGCCGACGGAGGAUGUGGAGCCCGUCGAUACGGCGGAUCGGGUGGGUGCGGCGAUUAUUACGAUUUUCUUGAUGGGCGGCAUGCUGGGUGGCGCGUACUGGAUGAUGGCGUCGGAGAUGUGA